AAAAGUUCAAGGAAUGGAGCACUCUUAUGAAUAUCCAACCCAAACUUCAAACGAUGUUUCUCUUAAAGAGUUAAGAGACAAGCUUGCAGAGUUUGCUAGAGCAAGGGAUUGGGAGCAGUUCCAUAGCCCUAGGAACCUCCUCUUAGCUUUGGUUGGCGAGGUUGGCGAGUUAUCCGAAAUAUUCCAAUGGAAGGGCGAAGUAGCGAAAGGGCUUCCGAAUUGGAGUUCUUCGGAUAAAGAGCACUUGGAGGAAGAGCUUUCGGAUGUGCUACUCUAUCUAGUUCGCCUUGCCGACGUUUGUGGGCUAGACCUUGGUCAAGCGGCCCUCACCAAGAUUGUCAAGAACUCACGCAAGUACCCCACUGUUGCUACAUCGUCCUCAUCCUCAUCAUGAUCUGCCCAUUAAGACCAUUUUCUCCAAACUGCAGCGUAUGCCCAUGUGUGUUAUGUGUGUGAUUGGACCAUUGGAUUAAUACCUACUUAUCAAUGCCAAUGUCAUGCAUGUUAGAGAACUUAGGGUUAAAAUAAUUGAGCUAUCCAUAUAAUAGUUUAUAUUGAAAUCACUUUUUUUUUUUUUUUCUUGGCAGCAAUCACUUUGAGGGUACAUAAAAUUAAUGCAUUGUAUGUGCAAAAACGCAUAUAAUUCCGUGUAGUGUUCACGCAUUGUAAGAUGCAUGAGUAGGAUCUUUUGUAACCUGCGCAUGUUCUUGUCAGCAUUGCAAGUUGUGCACGGAACUCUUUGGUUCUAUGACAUGCAUUAAGUAGUGAUUUGGAGAAAGUGUACGGUGCAUGCAUAACAAAGAUGGAAGGGUUACUUACCUCCAUGUAGCUAUUAAGUGUCAUCUAGCAACAAGAAAGCGUACAUGUGCGUGUAUUGAGAUGGGUGUAUUUGAAACACUAUAAAAGGAGCAGAGAUGUUCCCUUAAUUUGGAGCAAGAAGAAGCAAUAGAAUCUAAGUUAAA